AAAUAGAAGAUUUAUAUUAUUAUCACUUUUUUAAAGUGUAUUAAUAUGGAAUAUUCUCAACCGAACGAAAGAUUAAAGGAUAAAUCAAAAUGUGCCAAUUUUCGUGCACAAUUAAAAAUGUGCUUACUUCAAACCGAUUGCUGUAAAGUACAUAAAAUAACACCUCGAGAAUGUUUAUUAUCAAAACAUGAAUCUGUUCCCGAGCAGUGUUAUAUCUUGAAAAAUACCUUUUUUGAGUGCAAGAGAUCCAUUAUUGAUGCAAGAAGAAGAUUUAGAGGUCCAAAACAGUAAAUACCAAAAUAUUGAAUUCCGAUAAAUGUGCAAAAUUUUGGUGCCUUGGGAAAUUAAAAGCACACCGACGGUCGAUAAAGUCCGAUGUAACCGCAGAG